AUGCAGUCCAACCCAUCAGGAGGACUUCAUGCUCGGCAAAAGCAGCAUCGGCGUCAAAACUCGACACCGACUGCUUUUGAAGGUGCUAAGAUCCCCAAUCUGCCAACUACACAAAGACAAACCGCACACCGACGCGGCCUCAGUCUCGAUGUUCGAAGACAACACAUUACAGCAACUACAACAACACCAACAAGGCAUAACCAGAUGGUAGGUACAAAUACUAACAACACAGGAUUAUCGCAUUACCCGCAGCAUAACGUACUGCGAGAAGCGCAGCAGCAACGCAUACAAGCACGCCCGGGCACACAGAACCCUUACGCCAACUUGGCAUCGAGUGCAAGCGACAACUAUCUGAUGUCACCCCACGGAACUCCUCAGACACAGCGAUUCGACCCGUCCUGCUUUGACCCAAACUCAAUUCCCUUUGAUACUUACAACACAGACUUCAACGUGAUGAUGAGCAAAGGCCAACAAGCUUACGGCGACAACUUGUCGGGAGGUAAGGAAUUUGAUAUUUUUAACAAUGACAGUGCUCUUUCGACACCAUCCUUUAUGACCUUUCCUUCCGAGGGGUCCUCCGCCCAGGGCUGGGCAUCUGAAGGUGACACCUCCAGCACAAGGAGGACCUCGCGGAGGAUAAGCGGCGGCAUCUUGGACCGUGUCAACAAGUUCGAAAACUUGGACUCAGCAAGACCAGCGACUCCCCCAAGCCAGAACCAGAACCAGGGCCACAACACACAAAGCUACUUUCCCCCUACACCCACCGAGACUUCCCAAGACCGAUUGGUCAAGGACGAACCAGUGCCAAAUCGUUUCUCUGAUGACUACGAUGAGUCUAUGGAAGAGACCAUUAAGCCCGUCAGGAAUCGUGGGGGAAACCGAAGGGUCCAGACUAUCUUCCAGGACAUCAGACAACACUCUGAGCAGGACAUGUCUAGCCAAGGCCAAGCAGACUCUGCUUCCGAGUCAUCCUUCCACGCACUGCCAAUGCCGACUCCUGACUACAUGAACAUGAAUAACUUCAACAACGAGUUCAUGAAGAUUGAGAACGGCUUCGGCCGUCAAGAAAUCGGCGGUCUCGAUAUCACCCCCAACACACCCCACAUGUCAAACUUUAUCGAUCUCAGACCUUACCCCAUGGGCGCUCAAUCCAUCUCUGGCACGCCCUCACAAACACCUUCCCGUCGUCACUCCCCUCACCGCCGAACAGAAUCUGUUGCAAGCAUCGCUAGCGCCGCCAGCAUUGCCAGCAUCAACAUUGAGGAGACCAAGACAGAGACCGGUGUGACCCAGGAUGAGAUCGCUCAGUUCAUCAGCGGCCCUGAUGCAGGAGAUGGCAAGUGGACAUGCACAUACGAGGACUGUGGCAAGAAGUUCGGCCGCAAGGAGAACAUCAAGUCGCAUGUCCAGACUCACCUGAACGACCGCCAGUACCAAUGCCCCACAUGCAAGAAGUGCUUCGUCAGGCAGCACGACCUUAAACGACACGCCAAGAUUCACACUGGAAUCAAGCCUUAUCCCUGUGAGUGCGGGAACAGCUUCGCUCGCCACGACGCUCUCACUCGACACCGUCAGCGAGGCAUGUGUAUUGGCGCUUUCGAUAAUGUUGUACGCAAGGUUGUUAAGCGAGGUAGACCUCCCAAAAAGAGCCGCCCUGAUAUCGAGACCCGCAUGGACAAGUCGGCUAGAACCCGCAAGAAGAACAUGUCUAUCAGCUCAAUGUCGUCUUUUUCUGCAUGCUCGGACAGCUCAGCUGUUACCUCACCAGAUCAGUUCAUGCUUGACGACAUGAUGGACAUGGGAAUGCCUCCACAAAGUCAGAACCUUGCCACCGUCUCCUCAGCACCCAUGACCGGCCUCACUGCUGCAGCUCUCCAGGAGUAUGCCUCCUCGCCAUCCGCCGUCAGCGUUCACUCUUACGUUUCCCCUGAAGCUAUCAUGGACGGUACUCCCAUGCACGUCACAUCUCCAGCCAAGAGCGCUGCGAGCGCCGCGAGCCAAUACAACACCCCCCCUGAGCUGUCACAAUCGUCGUCCCCCCCUGGCACCCAUUAUUUCGAGGUUGAACAAAACAACUCGAUAAACGCCGACGACCUGACCGCCAUCCCGGGUACAUCCACCUAUGUCACCUCGGCGACAAUGGCUGCUACCCUCCCCCUGGGAAUGAGCAGCGCAGAUGACCUUUUGCUGCAGUUUGGUGGCGACAAUGGCCUUAUUCAACUGGACCGCGAUUCCCACAUGCUCUCCAUGGGCAAGUUUGAGGAUGAUGAAUUCGAAAGCAGUAUGUUCGCCAAUAACGAUAACGACGUCUUCUUUGGCAGCAACUAG